GGAGUAGCUCCGGGGGGCGGGGCCACGCAUCUAGACCGGCCCGGCCCUCCCGGAGCUCAGGCUAGCAGCCUCUGCAGCCGUUCCAGAAGGCUGCGGCGGCGGACGACGGGGAUGAAUGGACCGGCCGGACUCGCCAACCUGGACCGUCGCGAGCGGGUCCUCCGAUUAGGGGAAAGUUUUGAGAAGCAGCCGCGCUGCGCGUUCCACACCGUGCGCUAUGACUUCAAACCUGCUUCUAUUGAUACUUCUUGUGAAGGAAGUCUUGAGGUUGGCAAAGAUGAACAGGUGGCAAUAACCCUACCAAAUAUAGAAGGUUCGACUCCACCAGUUACAGUUUUCAAAGGUUCCAAAAGACCUUACUUAAAAGAAUGCAUUUUGAUUAUUAACCAUGAUACUGGGGAAUGUCGCCUAGAGAAGCUCAGCAGCAACAUCACCGUGAAAAAAACAAGAGUUGAGGGAAGUAGUAAAAUUCAGUACAGACUGGAACAACAGCAGCAACAAAUGAGGAAUCCACCCAGGACUUCCAAUUUUGUACCACAUUCUCCACUAGAAGACAAGAUGUCCCCAACGUCACUAAUGGAUGAUAUUGAAAGAGGGCUGACUAUUUUGCACUGGACAAUCAGUUGGUGUGCUCAUCCUUGGGGAAGGCUUGUUGUCUUCAUGAUCAGCUUUCCUUGGUUGCCUAUAGUUCUUUGUGUAGAGCUGAGACUUCAUGCAUUUCCCCUGUCCAGUUUGGCAUCCUCGUUUGUGUCAUCCUUGUUUAGCUAACAUUUGGGCAAUAGACUGUAUAGCUUCUACAGUUACUAGGAGACAUAAUCUCACAGCAAACUCCCUGAUCUUUUUGUAAGAUAAUAAGAUCUGGAAGUCUUACUGUCCCGUCUUCCCCAAUGUUCCCUGGGUCUUAGGCACAAUGGUGUUUUGUAGAUGUGUCUAUUAGCACUGGGCCCCACAACUUUGCAUUUUGAUUGGUUGUGGGUUUUGUUGUGAUCUCUGUCUGCUGCAAAAAGAAGUUUCCUGGAUGAGGGGUGAAGACUACACUUAUUUGUGAGGGUAAGGGCAAAUGUUCAUAAAUUGUUGUUAUUAAAGAUUAUGCUGGUUUUUAGUAAAUUGGUGAUUGUAGAAUCUCCUCCAAUAACCAUGACUACACUAGCACUGAUUAAUUUAUUAAGUUUCUGGUCUCUCUCUGGCUGUGUGAGUCUUCAGUUCAACUAGAGAGCUGCUGGUUACCACCAUGGUGUAUGCACAACUACUGCUCUCUUAGCGUUAUUGCGCCAAGCUAAUCAUUGAUGUGGUUCAUAGGCAUGGCAGCAUGAUGUGGUUGCCUCUCUCCAUUGGGAACUUGCAUGCCACCUCCAGGUACCAUGAAAAAAGCUAAUCCUCAGGGAGGGGGCAUUCAGGUUAGUUCCAGCUAAGAGAUCUCUGGGCCCUGUUUCUGAAGUGCAUGGUAUCUUCAGCAAUAGGGACCUACCUUCCACCUCUGGGGGUCACCAAGGGCAA